UAAGAUCAGAGGAGGAGGGAUAUCAAUUAUGGCAACGUCUUCCUUCACAGCUCGUGGUGCUCACACCAUGAACACCAUGUUCUCCAAGCCGAUGCUGAGGAAGUCGAUACACAAGAAGAGCGCGUCACACGAUAUAGCGCGAGAGACGGCGAAAGCAGACGGAGGAGGAGAGGAGAUGAAGACAGCCGUCGGAUCUUCAUCGUCGGCGAGAAGUUGGGUGCCUCACGAACGGACAGGCAUCUACUAUCCCAAGGGACAGGAGAACGUCCUUCAAGAUGUUCCUCCUCCUCCUCGUACCGAAACGGAUGAUGAUGCCGUCGUUAAUUGGUUCUCCUGAUCGUAUUGGAAAAAUCCAUCCCACUUUUUUUUAUAAAAUUUGUUAUUAUCAUCAUUGUGGGUCGAUGCAUAGUGUAUGUGUUAUUGUGCCUUUGAACAAAAUAAUGGUUAUAUAUCAUAUGGAUCGGCUUGUAAGUGUAUGGAUAUAUAUUAAAACGCCCAAAUCUCUUUUUUUUUUUU